AUGGGAAAGGACAAAGUAAUGGACCCUAAGAAGCAAUCGGUUGGGUUUACCAGGUCUGCACAAGAAAAGUUGCACUUUUUGAGUCGUCCAUCGGCCGCCUGCAGUAGGGCUGGCACGUUUUUUGUCCUCCACGAUAUGGUACCACCGCCAUCACCACCACCACCGCCGCCACCACAAAGCUCGUUUCCAGAAACGGAAUACCGUAGCAGUUAUAAUCUCAAAGCUCUGACCUCGAGCUUCGCUCCGAAUUUUGUUGCGCCACGUCGACUUUGUGCAGACUUGGUGUCAGAGUCAGCUGUAGUGCCACCACUGCCGAAACCAUGGCAACGGGCAGUCGACCCGUCAGAAUAUUGGAAUUGUGGUAACUUUGAGUGUCAGUGCCUGAACCCUACUUCGCCUUUUCUGGCCCCACGGCGAGGUACCAUGACCAGAUGCCCAGCUCACAUGGGUGACAGCAGAACCAACAGUCGGGCGUCAUGCGGGGGCGCGUGCCCACCUGUGAACGCAGUACCUUGCGCUUCCAUUCACCACCCGGUUACAGCCAAUAGACAGGUGGAGCAGGCAUUUGCGAAAGACACCUAUGCAGAACACCUUUGUCAGCCAAUUAUCUGUCUGCCCCGAGACCUCUUCAAAUAUUGUCCGCCGCCCUCAACUCCACCGCCCCAACGCCCACUCGACCACCUCAUCCUGCAACACCUCCUUGAAAUCAGGUGCGAUAUUGAAACCAUUCAACGGGAGAUGUGUGAGGAGAUAUCUAAAGCAAGGCAACCAAGCCCCACCAUGCAAGAAACCCCUGACGACAUCACGGAUACUGUUCGAAGACUGAGCACCCCGCCAGCACAUCCACCAUCACGACCACCACCAGCAACAAAUGCACCAGAACCACCACCACCAGCACCAUCACCACCAGCACCGUCACCAUCAGCACCACCACCACCACCACCAGCACAUGCACGACAAUCACUA